UAUUUUUAUUCUACUAAAGUUAAGAUAGAUAUUAGAGUUACCUAUAUAUGUGUACGAUUUUAUAUUCUCAAAUUUUGAACAAUUCUGUUUUAAUGACUGAUUUUUAUAGAACUAUGUGUUUGCUACAUGUUCCCUAAGAAUAUACGUUAUAUACUGUCAAACAAUGUGUGAAUGUGAAACAUGUACAGAACUUUCGAAACUGUUGAACCCAUAUAAAGAUUCUAGCGAGAAACAUGAUUCGAGUUGUGUUAUUUUACCUAAGUCUGAAGUUAACCAGUUGAUUAUAUUUGUUCAAGCUUUUAUGCAAAGACAAUGUCUUGGAGGAUUUCAAGAUAGGAAACAUUAUGACCAGUUUCAAUGGAUUACACAGUGUUUUGUUUUGUUGAUGACUAACUUAUUAAAAGCAUAUAAAGGAGAAAAUCGAAUAAUUUAUCCACUUCGUGAUGACAAUGAUAAUGAUGAUGAUGAUGGUGAUGAUGAUGAUGUUGAUGAUGAUGAUGAUAGUAAUAAAUGGGAAAACUUAUUAAGUAAUGUUAAAGAAGAAGAGUUACAAUGGACAGUAGCAGAAAUAGAAAAACCAUUACACCUUUUAACCAAAGUGUUUUUAAUGAAUUAUCCAUUAUAUGUAGCAGUCAAACAGUAUCCACAUUACAAAGCAGAAGAAGUAACACAACAAGAGGCAUCAACUAUGAAUCAUUACUGUGAUGUUCAAGAAAUCGAUAUGCCAUUAUUACUAUUGAGAAAUGUCAAUAUGUUUUGCAGGGUUGGUGGUAUGGAAGCAGUUAUGUCUUGUUUUGACUAUGAAAUUUUACCCUUGACAAUGGCAAAUCCAAUUGUAAUAUUAGCUUGCAAUGUAAAACUGUGGCUAAAUUAUCAUACAAAUGUUCAUGUAUUUGCUCCAUUGCGGUCUAAAGUUUUAAGGUUUAUGUGUAAUUUAACUGAUAAAGAAUUACGAACACCGGCUGCUAAAACUAUGGCUGAUUUUAUGUGGAGUUCAAACAAAGAUGGCCAUACUUCUAAUUUUGACAAAGAUGGUCUUGAGCUAGCAUUUAAGUAUUUUACAUCACCAACUUUAACAAUGAGGCUAGCUGGAAUUUCUCAAAUUAACAGUCAUAUAGGAUCUUUAAAUGAAUUAGUACAUGUAACUGCAGCAACAUUAUCAACUUCAUCACAAUCAAAUGAUAUGAUUACUAUUGAACAAAUUGGACAUAAUUUAGCUACAUGGCUUGUACAUCGUAAAAUUAUAUCACACAUAUUUGGACCUAAUUUACAUGUAGAAGUUAUAAAACAAUGUAGUAUAACACUCAAUUUUCUUGCGUCAGAAGGGAAAAUUACUAAUGAACACAUAGACACAAUUUGGCAAGCUGCUCAAUUAAAACAUUGCAGUAAACAAGUAUUUGAUCUUCUCCCUGGUUUUAUUAAACAUUUGGAACCAGGUCCUGUAUUACACUUGUAUCAUUUAUUAAGAAAAUUAGAACCUAAAGAACAUACUGAACAAAGUUUAUUUUUGGCAUCAGCUCUUACCAAAUUUAUUUGGUCAAGUAUGGCUACAACUGGAAAGUGUCAUGAGUUCUCUAUUCCUAAAAUGUCAAGAAUAGUUAACACUCGGGAUAGUCAUCGUAUUAUUCGUUCAAAUGAUAUGAGUACAUCAGAAAAUAGUGCUAGUCUUAAUAGUAAUUCUGAUGGAGAAACUAGUGAAGAACGAAGUGAUUUAAGUGAUGGACCAACACCUAGAAAAAAAUUGAAGAAAGGAAAUAUAUUUGUGUAUUCUGAUAAUGAAGAAGCUAAAAUUUUUGAAGAAUUAAGUAAUGAUUAUGAAUUUAACGAAAAAGAAAUCAUUAGACCUUCAAAACCACUAGGAAUGUGUAAAAUUAUGCGAUGUGUUAGAAAAAAAACUAUUAGAGACACAAGAAUGAGAGUUACAAAACCAUGUAAUUCAAGUGAUGAUGAUUCUGACAAAAUACAAUUGAAUCACUGCAAAUUAGUGAAAGAAAACAAACUUCGAAAGUCUAGAGGAAAACUUAACCAUAAAAAAAUGUGUAAUCUUAAAAUGAGGUGUUUAACUACUGGUUGUACAGAAGAUGAGUCUGAGUCUGAAGGUGAGGAUGAAGAUGAUGAUGAUGAUGAUGAUGAAGAAGAAGAAGAUGAUGAUGAUGAUGAUGAUGAUGAUGAAGAUGAUGAUAUUGAAGAUGAAGAUAGUGAAUCUAUGGAAGCUAUGGAAAUUGGUAUAUCUCCUAUUGAUCCCACUUCAGAUCAGCAAGUACCAUCUACAUUAAUAAAUAGACAAAUGUUGGAAGAUUACAGUGGGGAUGAAAAUAGUAUGUCAUCGCGAAUGUCGAAUAAGUCUGAUAAAAAUAUGGCUGAUUUUGAUGGAGAAGAUUCUGGUUGUGAUGAGGAACUCUUACAAUUAGCUGCUAGAGCACAAACACAUUUAUCACCACAACAAUUAAACCAUAUGGCUUUUCAUUCUAAUUUUCAAUCUAGCAAAUGUGUACAUCCUAGUACUCAUAGUAUUACAUCUACAUUAUCAAAUCAGUUUAAUAUUGAAAAUGUUUGCAAACCGGGUUCAACACUUCUGUGGGAUUUAUUACAGGAUGAAAAUAUAACAUUAUUAGGAGAGUCUUUGGCAUUAGAAGCUGAAAAAGCUCUAUUUAAUUUAGUGUGCUUUAACACUGAUCGUGCAAUACGAAUGAAAUUUAUUGAAGGCUGUCUAGAUAAUAUUCAAAAAAAUAAGGCUGUGGUCAUAUCUUUACGAUUAUUACCAAAACUAUUUGCGUCAUUCCAUCAAUUUCGUGGUGCAUCAUUAUCCAAUUUAAAUGUUGGUAUGGACACUCGUCAGGUGACACUUUGGGCAGUUAAACAUCAUAGUAUGAUUGAUAGAGUAUUUAAUAACUUUCGAGAAUAUUGUAAACAAUAUGCUGAUAAUAACUUUGAAGAUACUGGAUUUUAUACCCAUCAAACACAUAUAGAAGCAAGAUUACAAUUUUUAACUCACAUAUAUUCCUCUAUUGGGCUUCCUGAUAGUAUUAAAUUAACUAUUGAUGAAUUAGAUACACUGUGGGAUGGUUUAGUGAAUGAUGAAGUUUGUAAGGAUGAACUUUUUAAUUGGCUAUUACGUCAAGUCCGUUGUAGAGAACAACAUACAUUUAAUGUGGAAACUUUAACUCACUUAUACUGCGAAAAAUUACUGUCAUUAGCUCCAGAAAAUUAUACUAUGAUAGCAUUAAGUUUAUUUACUCAAUUAUGUAACAUGGCUCAGCAACAAGUAUCUAGUGAAUUUUUGAUGUUAGCCAGAAAUGGCCAUGCUGCUGCUAUGGAACAUUUAUCAAAAAUUGCUUUGAAAGCUUCAAAUAAUGAUGUUAGUAUGGCUGCUAUACAAUACAUGAAUAGUUACUAUAUGAUGAACUUACAACUUGACAAAGAAGAUAAGUUUAUUAGUGAAUGUGUUGCUAAUUUAUCAACUGCUGUAGAUAAGCUUAAUGAUAUUGAGGAAUCUAGUCUUCUUUAUAUACAACGUGCUUUGGUUUUACUAAAAACUCAUUUGGAAACAUUCAAGAGAAAAUAUGCAUAUCAUUUAAGAAGAUGGACUUUAGAAGGUCAUGGAAUUAUGAGUCAUGUAAUUCAAAAUGAAAAGAAUGUUUCCACUAUUAGAUUAAACAUAAACCCUGCUAUGCUAGAUGAAAAGCUAACUCUAGAUAUGCCUAGUACGGACUAUAUAGCUGAUAUGCGAGCUGAAAUAGCUCAUUGGUGGGAGAAUCAGCAUGACAUUUUAACAGCUCGUAAACUACCUACAGAUGGUAAUAUUAGAAUGAUUGCAUUAGGCCAAGAAAUAACGUCAGAUUUUGAUGAAAAAACUAUACAAGAAACUGGACUAAAAGAUAACCAAAUAAUUUAUUUAUCUUUAAGUACAUCACGCAAGAAGAAAUUUGGCGAUCAAGAUUUACCUGGUUCCAUGCAAACAAUUCCAUCUAAAGAAAGUUCACCUACAUUACUUCUUUUAAGGCCUAAAAAUUUUGAAGUGUUAUUUCGCCUUAUGCAUACACUGGGAUCAAUGAAAUCAUUUGAUAAUGAAGGGAAAGAAACUAUGCAUUCUAAAGCUCAAGUGUUAUCAAGAAAUGUUUGGGAUAUAUUGACUAUGUUGCCUACUAGUCCUACUAUGUUAGAAUGUUUUAGGCAUUUUCCAACUCGUGAAUCAAAAGAAAAUUGUAAAAUAUGGUUGGAAAAAGAUUUAGAUUCAUCGAAUUUACAAAAAUUAAUGUAUUCAUUAUAUAUCAUUGAAUCAUUAUUGCAUCACACAAGUGACAAAGUAGUUUAUGAUGAUAGUGAUGAGCUUGAAAGUUCAACUAAUGGAAAAGCUAAAACAUGGGGAGAAUGUUUUAUUGAAAAAGGUGGUUUGGAGCAUCUUUUUACUAUUCUCAUGUCUGGUACUCUUCAAGGUAAUAGUGAAUGGCAUCAAGAUUGUUUAGCUCACUUGCUUAAAUUGUUAUGUCAGUUAGGUGUAUCUCCUAAUGACAGAAAACAACUUGAUCAAUUUGAAGGUUUAGGUUUUGAUCCAUAUUUCCGUUCUAGAAAAGCAAACAUGAAAAAACAAACUAACCUAGUUGUUCCCAAACUAAAUCAAGAGAUGUUGAAAUUAAUGAAAAUUGAUUUGGUUAUUCCAAGACUGAUGAGUAUUUUAAAUGAAUUAUCUUUUCCUCGUUAUCCAAAAGAAAUAAAAACUGGAUUUUGGGGACGAGCACAAGUUAUUCAUUUUUUAAUGACUUUAGUGCUUUCAUGGUCUCAUAGUAUUAAUGGUAUUUGUGAAGCACUUUUAGAAUCAAACCAAUUUUCUAUGUGGCUAUGCAAUUUAGUACUUGAAGAUCCUGAUCCAUUAGUUAGACAUGAAAUCUGUGUUGCUUUGUAUAGAUUGUGUGCUGUAACUCCAGCUAAUCGUACUGCCGCUACAUUACUUUUAUCUCAAUUAAUAAAGUUCCUAGAUAAAGCGGAAUGUAUGAAACCACAAAUAAGAGAAGAAAAUUUAUUGAAAAUUACUGAUGAAGAAAAACUCCUUUAUGGACAUGCUUGUCGAGACUAUUUUUGGCUAAUGUGUCGGCUUGUUAAUUGUUUGUCAAAUGAUAUAAUUCAAGAGAGUUUAAAAAGUCCUUCUGAAUGUAUUAUUAACAUUGAAGCUUUGGCUGUUCGUGUUUGGGAAUCUAUAGCUUCAAGGGACUUCAUUGAAACAGAUUAUAGUGGACUUCAAGAUGAUGGCUUAAUUGGGCUUCUUAAUUUAAUGUCAAAUAUUUUGGGUCACAAACCACCUUUCAAAUUUAGUAAACAUAGUCAUAAAGUUAUAGAUACAGUAUUUGAAUUUUUAUUUGCUUUACCUGAUCCUCAAAAUCGUCAAUUGCCUAAAUGUAAAUCUGAAAGUGCUCGAUCAUCUGCUUAUGACUUAUUAGUUGAAUUAGUUAAGGAAACACCAAACAAUUAUGAGUAUUUAUAUGAAAAACUGUUAGAACAGCAUAGCAAUGAUUUUAACCGCCCUCCUUAUUUUUGGGAUUAUUGGCCACAUGAUGAUGGACGAUCAAAUUGUGGUUAUGUUGGCUUAACAAACCUUGGAGCUACUUGUUAUAUGGCAUCAUGUAUGCAACAUUUAUUCAUGAUGCCUCAGGCAAGACGAUCAAUAUUAGAAGCUAAAUGUGAUGAAUCUAAUAAACACAAUGCAAUUUUAAUAGAACUUAAAAGAAUGUUUGCAUAUUUGUUGGAAAGUGAAAGAAAAACCUAUAACCCACGUAGUUUUUGUAAAGUUUAUACUAUGGAUCAUCAACUUCUAAACACCGGAGAACAAAAAGAUAUGGCCGAGUUUUUUAUUGAUCUCGUAUCCAAACUUGAAGAAAUGACACCAGAACUUAAAACACUAGUAAAAACGUUGUUUGGUGGAGUUAUUAGCAAUAAUGUAGUUUCAUUGGAUUGUGAUCAUGUUAGUAGAACUUUAGAAGAAUUUUAUACUGUACGAUGUCAAGUAUCAGAUAUGAGAAAUUUGUAUGAAUCACUUGAUGAAGUUACUUUAAAAGAUACUCUUGAUGGUGAUAAUAUGUAUACUUGCUCUCAGUGUGAAAAGAAAGUUCGUGCUGAAAAAAGGGCAUGUUUUAAAAAGCUACCUCAAAUUUUGUGUUUUAAUACUAUGAGGUAUACAUUUAAUAUGAUUACCAUGAUGAAGGAAAAAGUUAACACUCAUUUUUCAUUUCCUAUGAUACUUGACAUGUCGGGAUAUGUUGAAAAACAUUUAAUGCCUCAACACUACUUAGAAGAAAAGGAAAUGAAUGAAAAUGAUGGAACUGAUAGACAAGAAGAAAAUUAUCAGUAUGAACUAAUUGGUGUCACAGUUCAUACUGGUACAGCUGAUGGUGGUCAUUAUUACAGCUUUAUUCGUAACCGUGAGCGAACAAAUAGAUCGCAAACUCCGAGUACUGAUCAGUGGUAUUUAUUUAAUGAUGCUGAAGUUAAACUAUUUGAUGCAAGUCAAUUGGCAGCAGAAUGCUUUGGUGGAGAAAUGACUAGUAAAACAUAUGACUCUGUUACUGAUAAGUAUAUGGACUUAAGUUUUGAAAAAACUAAUAGUGCUUACAUGUUAUUUUAUGAGUUAGUAAAACCAACAGAUCCAGAAAUAGAAGAUCACAAUUCUUAUGAGAAUCAAAUGUCUCCUCCAAUAAAAUUAAGUAGUGAAUUAGAAGGUUGGAUAUGGCAAGAUAAUCGACAAUUUUUGCAAGAUAAGAAUAUAUUUGAGAGUGCAUAUUUUCAGUUCAUGUGGCAAAUAUGUGCUUUUAUUCCACAUUCAUUAGAAGACACUGAAGAAUUAAGUGAAUUAGCAACUAAACUGACAGCAGCAUUUUUCUUAGAAACUUAUAUCCAUGCUAAAGAACGUUCUACUAUAAUGCAAUGGACUGAACUUUUAAUUAAGCAGUUUAGUGCUUCACAAUCUGGUUGUGAGUGGUUUCUUCAACAAAUGGGUGAUGAUGGAUGGUGGCCACUUAAAAUUUUUGUAAAAUGUUCUAAUCAAGUGAUACGUCAAACAUUUCUUAAAUUGUGUAUGCAUGCAAUUCAAUGUAUUAGACCAUAUGUUUGUUUUUUUAAAAAUAUAUUCAUUAGUGAAACUAAAACAGAAAACUUAAAAUCUUGUGUAUCAUGUCUUACAUCAUUUAUUCAGACUGUUGUGUCUUUAAUGCAACAAAACAUAAAAAAUUUCAUACGAAAUAUGACUGAAUACUUUACAUUAUUACAUGAAUUCAGUAAAUUAGGUGAUGAAGAAAGUAAAUUUUUGAUAUCAAUACAAUGUAUUACAACUGUAGUAAAUUUUUAUUUGAGUCUUAAAGGACAUGAACAAAAUGAUAUUUCUAACAAUGGUAUUGAAUGUGAAGAUGAAGAUGAAGAAAUAAUUCCUUUGACAACUAUUGAUAGAAAUAAACCACCAUUAUCAUUAGAAAAAUUAAUAGCUCUUGUUGUUACUUUAAUUGAAAAAUCUAGAGGCAUCGAUGGUCAACUGGAACUUUCAGACAGUGAUCUUUAUGUUUUGCAAGGAAUGAAAGGAUUUCCUUUUAUAAUACAACAAAUAAAAGACAAUACAAAUUUACAUAUGACAAAAAAUAUUAUAUUUUCGUUGUGUAGAAAUGAAUCAAUACAAAAAAAUUCUGUACUUGCUAAUGAAAUAAUUUGCCAAAUACUUAAUAAUAUUCAAAAAAAUGUUAACAAUACAGAAAUAGCUCAACCAUUUUUCAAGAUGUUAACUUUGCUAUCUGAAGGAAGUGUUGGCGGUAAUGGAGGACUACCGCCUUUCACAGAAUUUAUUUUGAAAAAUUUAUGGCAAAGUACUGAAAAUGGUCCACAAGUAGCACUUGAAUGGCUUAGUCUCCAAGUUCCACGAAAUAAACAAGUUUCCGCAUGGGUAUUAAAUGGAAUGGAUACAUGGGUUGAACGUUAUCUUAUGGCUCAUGGAAAUGCUCGUGUUCGUUCUGGUGCUAGUGUAUUGUUAGUUUCUUUGGUUCCAAACACUCAAUUCCGCCAAGCAUUUCGAUCAGCAAGAGGCUUGUGUUUAUUACAAAAGGAAAUAGUAUUUGCACCAGAUGCUAAAGAAAUACUACAAGAGAUUUUCAAAUUUCUUCUAAAACUUUUAAAAGUUGCUAAAGAAUACACAGAUACAACUCAGCAUGGAUCUUCUAAAAUGACUGCUUACUUUGUUAUACUUAAUUAUUUUUUAGUAUCCAAAGUUGAAAAAUUAAUGUUUGGACCUCAUUUGGUUGAAUUAUGGCAGCUAUUUCAUCCAAAAUUAUCAGAACCAGCUAUACCUAUACAUCAUAAUAAACAAAGCUUACUUAUGUUAUUUUAUAAUGUUUUGACUGAUUGUGUAGAAAAUGUACAAAUAUUAAUACAAGAUCCAUACUUUGUAAAGAAUAUAGCAUUCAACUACAUUUUAGCUGAUCACGACGACCAAGAAGUAGUAAUUUUUAACCGUACAAUGUUGCCUGCCUAUUAUGGUUUACUAAGAAUUUGUUGUCAACAUUCUAGAUCAUUUACUCGUCAACUUGCUGGACAUCAAAAUAUUAGUUGGGCUUUUAAAAAUAUAUCUCCUCAUCCUACUCAAUAUGCAGCAGCUGUUGAUGAAUUAUUUAAACUUCUUCAAUUGUUCAUUAAAAAAUAUCCAGAUUCAACUGAACAGGAAAUAUCAGAUAUAAACCAAUACAGGCGAGAAACAAUACAAUUAUAUGUUUCUCAUUUAGAUGGCAAAGCUGGUUGGGGUACUUUAAUCCCAGUUACUAAAAUUUUAUUAGAAAAUGAUGAUGACAAAGUUUAUUUUGUACAAAAUCAAGGUUUAGAGAUGUGCUUUGAAGGUUUUCAAACAUUGCAUAAUAUGUAUCAUGAAGCUACAGCUUGUCAUGUAACUGGAGAUUUGAUUGAUAUGCUUGCAUUAAUUGUUGAUGUUACUAAGUGCCUUCAAAAAGCUCAUGAACAAAAUAAAUUAAAUGAAAAAGAAACGCCUCGUUCUAUUAUUUUAGGAUAUAAAGAAUGGCCUGAUCUAUUACGGAAAUUAGUUACCUUACUAAACACUUAUAACCCAAAGGAAAUGCGGCAUUCUGUACUAGACUUGCUAAAGAUUUUAGUAGUUUUAAUGCCUGUUGAAGUAAUAAAUGUGCUUCAACCAAUUUUAACUCAUUGCCAUGCUGUAUGUAUGGAUAGUAGUAACAGUAUGCCUAUUGGUCCUUAUUUUCCUCGAAGAGGUCAUAAAGUGCCUAUGCUUAGUUUAAAAUCAAACACUAGACCGAUUAGACCAAUGGUACAAAUGGCUUUAACUCAUAAUCAAUUAGAUUUAACUAAAGGCUGUGAUUCUCAAUAUGAUGCUGAUUUAUCUGCUUUUUAUUCACCUUACCAUGAGUUUAUUGAUCUAAUGUGUCGUACGGCUGUAAAUAAUGAUUGCUUAACUGAACCAUUAGUGACAUUAAGUGCAAUGAUUGGUUAUGAAUCUAUACCAUUACAUCAUACUUUUUUUCCUAAAUUCUGGCUUGAUGUUCAUAGUAUGAGUAGUCCUAAUUUACCAUAUUUGCGUUUAUUAUCAAAAAACAAUUAUUUUGUGGAUUAUCUUGAAUCAACACUUAUCGAAGAAAGGCUUAGUUUAAAUAAUGACAUAAUAUAUGACUUUGUUAAAAUGUUUUUUCCUGAGAUGGCUGCAAGUGUUUUAUCUCAUCACACAUUUGAAUUGCUGGAAAGUAUUAUAUUUAAUUUACCAAAUGAUUUAGAAAAGCUUGGAGAAUUAGAAACUGAAAAAAGAAUGCUAUCUAAUUUAAGAGCUCUUCAAGUUUGCUCUUUAGUUAAACCACCUGUACAAGAACUUAAAGCCGUUUUGAACAAUAUAAAAAUUUCAGCAAAAAAUAUAAUUACCAAAAUUAUUAAUUCAAAAACUGGUAAAACUGAUAGUUUAAAUGAAACCGAUGAUAAUGACUUUGAUGUUGAGCAAUUAUCUUUGUUGCGUCGAAUUGAAUCAACUGCUAUUGAAUUUAUAGAAUCAAUUCCUGUUUCAAAGAAUGAAGAAUUAUCUAAAAAUGUGGAUGAAAAAAAUAUUGCUGGUCCACAAGAUAAGACUUAAUACAGAUUCAUUGUAAUGAAAUAAAAUUUAAAAAUGCUGCUAGUCUUUUAAAACAAAACUGAAAUUAUGAAAUUUUUAAAAGAAAUUCCAUUUCUUUUAACAAUUAAGUGUGAUCUCCCAAAAUUUUGAAAAGUUUUGUUUUUUUUUAUUCAGUCGACUAUUUUGUAAGCCAAUCUUUGUUGGAAUAUUGUUAUUUUAUCAUGUAUAUCUCUGAUUUUAUGUGAAUUAAUUCACUAUAACACCUAUCCCUAUAAUUUUAUCUUUUAUUAUAAUUGUUUAAAAAAAUAAUACUUGUAAAUUUUUACGAUAAUAUAUAAUUAUUAUUAUUUUAUUAUUAAUACAUUUUUUAAUUAUUAUUAUAAAAGAACUUAUUAAGACUUUCUAAUCACUAAUACUA